UUCAGCAUCUGGAGAAGAUAAGAAAGAUCAUUUUGACAUCUGGAUAACUCGCUGUCUUGCCGUCUAUCUCAGACCCGUUCAUAAGUGCGAGUAGAUCUAACCCCGGGCUGCUGUGUGUGACUGCUGCACACAACUCACAUAAAUUCGGGUGAUGAUGACUCACCUCGGGAUUCUCCUCUCAGCCCUGCUGCUGGUUUUGGUUCUGGUUCUGUCUGUGUCGGAGCCUCUGAGCAGCCCUGAGGAAAAUGAAGUCCUGAAACACACAGAGACGGAGCUCACUAAGAGCCAGGUGACUGAAAAUGUCAUCGGAAAUCUCAGUGAGACUACCCUGAGCCCCAUACCUACCACAGCUCCUUCGACUACCACAGAUUUCCCGAGCCCCGUUCUUGCUCCUCAGCGUCUGGGAAACCAGGUGAUGCUGGAGAACAGCGCAGGCUGCGGUUGUCCAUCUGGAAUGGUGAAGGAUGGUGACAACUGUGCCUGCCCUGUGGGCCUCACUCUGGAGGGGGCAGCAGGGUGCGAAGACGUUGAUGAGUGUGAAGCAGAGGGGCCAGGACCAUGUGGUCCCCAUGCCAGCUGCACUAAUAGCCCCGGCUCUUACUCGUGUAGCUGUCUCCGUGGUUACCUGAUGGGUGCUGGAGGGUGCCAGGAUAUAGACGAGUGUGCUCUGGCUGCAGUGACGGGCCUGCAGGCCUGUCAGGGUGAUGCUGAAUGCAGAAACACCCCUGGGUCCUUCACCUGCUCGUGCCCUUCAGGAUAUGUAAUGGCUCUUAAUGGAAAAAGCUGUGCAGAUGUGGAUGAGUGCAGCUUCGAGGAGCUGUGUCGCCGUGAGCUGGGAAACGUGUGCGUGAACACUCCCGGCAGCUUUGUGUGCCAGUGUCAGCCAGGCUUCAGAGCAGCGGCUCCAGCCUGUGUUGAUGUGGAUGAAUGUACGGAGAGUCCUGCGGUGUGUGGCGGUCAGGGUGUGUGUGAGAACACGCUUGGGAGCUACAAGUGUGUUUGUCGACCAGGUUACCAGGGAAACGGCACACACUGCGAAGGUAAACGGGGUCAGCUUACUUGUGUGCGCGUGUUUUAA